AUGAAGAUUGCUACUGGUCUCGUUGUCCUUGUUUCGAUGGUCGCUUCGGCCUCUGCUCACAUGGCCUUGCUCUACCCCACCCCCCGUGGAGGCUACGGUACUAAGCAGUACAACGGCCGCAUCCACACCUUCAUUGGCUACAAGGAUAGCAAGUGGACCCAGCGCUUCCCCUGCGGAGGAUACGCUCCCGGCCCCGUCACCAAGCUGAAGGCUGGCCAGGUUGUCCCUGUCCGCUUCUUGGCCUCGUCCAUGAACGCCAAGGCCAUCAAGACCCAGCCCAAGCCCACCAGCUCCAGCAAGCAGUUCUCCCAGGCUCGCCACGGAGGCGGUACCUGCGAGUUCUCGCUCUCGUACGACAACGGAAAGACCUACCACUUGAUCGCCAAGUACACCAAGACUUGCCCCGAUGCCUACUACCAGUGGCCCGUUAAGAUCCCCAAGAACGCUCCUUCCUGCAAGACCAAGAACAAGUGCUUGUUCGUCUGGAGCUGGACCGCCAACAUCCUCCCCCAGUACUACCACAACUGCGCCGAUAUUGAGUUGUCCGGCAAGUCCGGCGGCAAGUUGCCCUCGAAGAAAAUUGCCAUCGUCGACUUCAACGGCUACAAGAAGAACGUCAAGGCCCCCGGUGACGGCAACAACCACAAGUCUGCUGGUGGCCCCAGCAAGAAGGAGAUUGCCUGGAACACUGACGACAAGUACUAA